UGCUCGUUAAGAAAGUACUCUUUCUUUUCGCCCCCCCCAGCGCACACGCGAGAAAAGAAGGAGAGGGAAGCUGGGAGGCUGAGCGCAAAGGACCUCGGGAGUUGUAGUCUGCAAGAGCGCAGUGACUGCUGGGCACUGUGGUCUUGGCUUCGACAUAAGGGCGCGCACAUUUGUGCAAUGCUGUUUGAGGGGUUAUGUGUUGGACGCCGGCUAGCGAGUAGUGAUUAUUGUUUCAGUGCCAUCGUUUUUCGCUUCCGGCAUUUUUUUUCUGAGUUUGACGGCCAAAUGGGGUAGGGAUGGAUGAGAAUGCCGGGCCUCAAAACUGAGAGAAGGACCGAGCACGGAGACAGGAAGAAAAUCCCCUUGGCUUAACUGUGAAGGUGAUUGGCUGGGAUUGCCUCCUGUCAGCUCAUUGCUGGUAGUCAUGUGAAGAAAUGGGACUAACUGUGAGGAUCAUACACAAUUCAUGAAGUUUCCAGGAGCUUAGGGGCUGAGAGAGUACAGAGCAUCCACAACCAUGGAGCUGCAAUGAGGAAAGAAAUUUUGUCACACUGUUAUCUUGGCAAACUCUCCUCAUCCCCCUACUUGUUGGACUCUGAGAGAGGGACAGUGAAGAGGUGAGAACAAGAAUAUGAAUGAGGACAGCUCAGUCAAAACACUGAAAAAGAACGAAGUCAGAAGUCCAGUUUGUGUUGGCAGAGAAGAUGAUAUUAAAAAACAACGAAGAACAACAGCAACUGUCCAUGACAGAGAAGUUGUUGUUUUCUAUCACGAUGGAAAAUUUUAUGCUCUGGAUUGCCGCUGUUACCAUGCAGGAGGUCCUUUACAUCAAGGGGAAAUAGAGGACAUCAAUGGACAGCCGUGCAUUAUUUGUCCCUGGCACAAGUAUAAAAUAACUCUGACUACAGGUGAAGGACUGUAUCAAGCAAUAAACCCCAGAGAGCCAUCUUCAACACCAAAAUGGCAGUCAAAAGGAGUAAAACAAAGGACUCACAGAGUUACUGUGGACAGUGGAAAGGUUUAUGUGACUCUUUCAGAUAUAGAUGACAAUAUAGAUUCUGAUUACUAUGCUAAGAUGUACAAAAAGACUAUACACACUCCUAAGGAAAAAUAACAUCUUUGGGGCUUCAUAGUAAAUGGCAUUAAAAUAAAAUAAUACCAAAUGUGAAUGAUAUCCUUGCUGUCUAAACAGCGCUCAGCUUCUGGGUUAUGAUAUGAAAUUGAGCUAUGUUUAAUAAGAGUAUAAACAAACCUCCACACUCUAAAAAGGGAGUUGAACAAAAAAGAAGAAAAUAUCAGCACAGCAUGUGUACAAUAGAUUGACAUUUUCCAUUAUUCAAAAAAUCUUAGAAAUCUUGUAGUGGUUUAGUUUUCAAUCAGAUCUGAAUAUUAAAAAGAUGCUUGUAAAGUAUUAUGAUGUAAAAAUAUUAUCGAUAUAAUUGGAGAAAUUGUUUUUAUGUGUUAAUAUGAUUUUUUUAUUAUUGUUGGAAGACUUUGAUUCUUUUUUUAAUUCUUUUUCUUGCAUUUAAUCCAGGCUUUCUCAAAAUGAUCAUCAGGGUUCAUAUUGGUUCAGGAGAGAAUGUCUGAAGUCUGUUCCAGCUAUAUGGUUAUUUAACAGUAGAUAGAUCAGUCUGUAAGUGAGGCAGGCAGCAAGAGUCUAGCUUCUGCUUAAUGCGACUCAGUAAGAGGCCAACUCAGCUGUGUUAUUACCUGGAAGUGACAGGCUGCUUUUAGGCCAAAUACAUUGUGCUGAAGGUGUAUCCUGGAAAAGCUGGGGCCCGUGGAGCUUUGCCAUGUCUCUCCUGACAGGCAAGAGGAAGUGUGCAAUUUGAGUGUAGUAUGGUUGAAUUAAUUGUAGGAGAUAUGCCUAAGGAGGUCUCUCUGUGGCAGUAAGGAGAGAGAGGCAGAGAGUGGACAUGCACAUGUAUGAUAUGAGAAAGAUGAAGUAAGCUGAUACAGUAAUAAAAGUCUGGGCGGUUCAAAUAUGUAGGAUGUACUCCAGAAAAGGGUGAAGUAUCUUGCCAAAAGGAUGGAAGACAAUGACUUGGAGAAGUCAUACCACUCAUCUUUAAUACAGAGAGACACAUUAUUCUUCUCUGAUAUGGUUAUAUUUUCACAAUAUGAUAUUCAAGAAUUUAACAGUCUGGUGUUAUCAUGUUUAUUCUUGUCUUAAUAAAUGUGCAAUUACCCAUCUAUGCAUAUUACCCA